AUGAUGCGAACCGCAUUCGCGGCGUUCGACGCCGUUCUAGGAGCUCAGGGACAUAUCGCGAGGGACACUUUUAGCCGGAGAUUAUGGGCGGGCACGAUAUCAGCAAGGGCGCCGGUGGUGCCGUGGCAUCAGAGGGCGUUCAUGUCGCAGCUCAGGGCAUUGAGAACCGCGGUGACUCGGUCCGGGUUUACGCGGGCCAGGAUACCGCCUUUCAAAUCGAGGCGACCAUUCCAUGCCACGCGCGCACAGCGAGCCGCGGCGCCCAAGGACGGGAAUGCGGCGGGCGAACAGGCACUGUCUCUGAGCGGGCGGCUAAGGAAGCUGUCGAGAGAGUACGGCUGGACUGCGGCUGGAGUUUACCUGGCCCUGUCGGUGUUGGAUUUCCCGUUUUGCUUCUUGCUUGUCCGGACGGUGGGCACUGAAAAGAUCGCCCAUCUCGAGCACAUUGUGGUGUCAAAUGUCCAGAAAGUCAUCCCUGAGCAGAUCCAGACUUGGUGGCGUGAGUACCGUCAGGCUGCCAAGGAGGCGAAACGGCAGCGGACUGGAGAGACUGAGGAGCUCGAGGUCAUCGGGCAUGGCGUUGCGGAGGCUGAGCAUCGGAGUAAGCAAGAUGGAGCCAGCCUGGCUACACAACUUGCGCUUGCAUACGCCAUUCACAAGAGCUUCAUUUUUGUCCGUGUCCCUCUCACGGCUGCCAUCACCCCGAAGAUUGUUAGGGUGCUCCGAUCGUGGGGCUGGCAGAUCGGCAAAAAGCCAGUCAAGGCGGCCAAGCGGUAA